UUUUCUUUUUGGCACGUUCGAAUUAUUUAAUUUUCUCUCUUAAGAGAUAUAAAAUAUUAAUAACUUUGGAGAGUGGCUUUGUGGGGAAACAAUCAGGAAACUAAACUUAUUUUGUAUAAUCCCAUGAAGACAGUUAAUUUAAUUACAAUACAUUAUUGUAAAGUGCAAGUUUUCAUGUAUUAACAUACGCACACACAUAUAUAUAUAUACGUAUAUAUAUAUAUAUAUACACGCGCGUUUGAAACAAUAAGGAAUAUAAAACCUAACCAAUACUAAAUUAUAUUCAGAUCUGAUUUCUAAAAACGAGUUGUGUUAUAAAAAUGGCUGACUUUGAAAAAGAGGAAAAAACAAUUGCUGAAGAUUUGGUUGUGACCAAAUACAAAUUAGCGGGUGAAAUUGUUAACAGAACAUUGAAAUCUGUUAUUGAUCUCUGCGUUGCUGGAGGCUCUGUGCGCGAUAUAUGUACAAAAGGCGAUGCCCUCAUCACUAAAGAGACAAGCAAGGUCUAUAAAAAGGAAAAAGAUCUUAAGAAAGGUAUUGCAUUUCCGACAUGCUUGUCUAUAAAUAAUUGCGUUUGCCAUUUCUCUCCGGCUAAAAAUGAUCCUGAUAAUACAUUAAAAGACGGCGACGUCGUUAAAAUAGAUAUGGGAGCUCAUAUUGAUGGAUUUAUUGCUGUUGCAGCUCAUACGGUGAUUGUCGGUGCAUCCGCUGAUAACAAAGUAACUGGUCGUAAAGCCGACGUGACCCUUGCCGCUUUCUGGGCUGUACAAGCUGCCUUAAGGUUACUAAAAGCUGGAAACAGUAAUUAUACCAUAACGGAUGCAGUGCAACAAAUUAGUGAGUCGUAUAAAUGCAAACCUAUUGAGGGUAUGUUGAGCCAUGAAUUAAAACAGUUUAAAAUUGACGGUGAGAAAACGAUAAUUCAAAAUCCCAACGAGGCACAACGUAAGGAACAUGAAAAAUGCACCUUCGAGACACAUGAAGUCUACGCUAUUGAUGUGAUUGUAAGUACCGGUGAAGGUGUUGGCCGAGAAAAAGAUACCAAGGUGUCCAUUUACAAGAAAACCGAUGAGAAUUACAUGUUAAAAUUGAAAGCCGCCCGUGCUUUAUUGGCCGAGGUAAAAACAAAAUAUGGUAAUAUGCCGUUCAAUAUUCGCAAUUUUGAGGAGGAAACAAAGGCUCGCAUGGGUGUUGUAGAGUGUGUAUCCCACAAAGUCAUUGAACCAUUUCAAGUACUUCACGAGAAACCAAGUGAAUAUGUGGCUCAAUUCAAGCACACUGUUUUGCUAAUGCCAAAUGGCGUCAAUUUAGUCACAGGUCUGCCUUUUGAAAUUGAAAAAUUUGAAAGUGAAUUCAGCAUAGUUCAGUCAGAACUGAAGGAAUUAGUCGCCACCCCACUACAGCCCCCCAAGAAAGUUAAAGGUCACGCUAAGAAGAAGGCUGCCUCCGCAACCGGUUCAGACGCUGUCAACGCAACAAAAGUGGAUGCCUCACCGGCUCCCGUGGAGACCAAGGCUUGAAAAUAUCUACUGCCUGCCCCCUAUAAGGUUUUAUUAAAUAUCAGCGAAAAUAACAAAUUUACAGAUGAAGCAAUAAUGUAAAAAGAAACUGAAAAACGAACAUGAAUGUAUUGUGAAUGAAACACUUCUUGUAUUGUACACCGCAUAACUUUCUCCCCUUCUCUCUAUUGGAAGUCCUUACCAAUUAAUAUAACAGCAACUCGUCAAGAACAAUUCUCAAAACAACAGUGUUCCUUCCCAGCCGAAGUGAUUCCCUUCUACCAUCAUCAUUACUCAUAAAAUCAAUAGAGAAACAUUUUAAACAAACUGCUCUCUGCAACAUUAGCAAUUAUUAUUAAAUUGAUUGAUUUUAAAAAUGUAUCCCUUAUAUCUAUCAUCUCUACUUAAGACUGUUUGCGUUUAGCUUUGAUUCGAAAAAUUCUUCUAAACGUUGCCUUGUACGAACUUCAUUUUGUUAUUUAGCGUACAAAUGACAGGAUUUUUAUUUUUUAUUUUUUUUUUUUUUUAUUUAGAUAAAGACUUCCAAACGCAGUUGUUUCGUGUAUUUUAUUUGUUUGGUUUUUUGGUGGAUUAGUCGAACGCUGCAAGAGGAAAGAUUUUGUAAUGCAUGAUAUAUGUUCGGGCUCGUAACUUUCUUUGUAGAUGAUCAUCGCAAAAUUUGAAGCAUGAAAUGCUCUUUUCAUUAUUUUGUUUUUAUUC